GGCCAUUGGUAAAGAAAAGUUAUUCUACAUAGGAAUGAACACUGAUUCGUCUGCCAAGUACCCUAUAAAUUAUGUCCUGAAAAAAAGUUUCUCUGUCAACAAUACUGAAUCAACACCUGUUCCACGUGCUCCAAAGUCAGGCAAGGAUACAACCACCAAUGACAAUACUCCUACAACUCAUAAGCUAACGUCUAUCAGCAUAAAGGAAAACGAAAAUAGGAUCAACGCAAAAAGAAGAAUUGAUAUUACUGAGAGUGAUGCCGACAAAUCUAACAGCUCAAAGGAACCGGAAGAAAGUACUGCGAAAAAGAACAAGCACGAGAAUGUAGAUACACUUCCAGAAAAAUUGCAUCAACAGGAACAGCCAGAGUAAAGGAACAUUUGGACGAUUUAAGUACUUUACAUUGACUAUAUAAACUUUCAUUUUCUGAUUUAAAAAACCAGUAAUAUAUUGUGUUAUUUACUUUUUUUGACAACACUUCAUUUUCCAAUACAGGCAGGA